GCAAGACGACGACCAUGACGGCAGAGGGGAUGAGACGGCAGAGUGGGGGCGCGACUACGAGGGGAUGACGCGGCAGAAGGUUGUCCAUAGAAUCCUCCUACUCCUCCCGGCGAAAUCCCUCCUACGCUUCCGCUGCGUCUCCCGCCGGUGGAACGGCAUCAUCUCCAGCAACUCCUUCGUGCACGCCCAUGCCGCCGCUCCCCGCCUUGUUUCCGGCCUAUUAUACCAGAGCAGCCAAGGCACGGUGGUGUACGCCGCGUUCUGCCACGCCACUGCCUCCCUCCCCGACCCUUCCCUCUCUUUCCUCCCUGAGCCGGUCGCCGUCAAGGCCUCCGCUCGGGGCCUCCUCUGCUGCCGCGGUCGCUUCUCGUUGAUGUACUACGUCUGCAACCCCACCACCGCCGUGUGGGUCAGUCUCCCGAUGCCGAGGAAUCUGCACAACUACGACACAGAGGUGGUGUUGAUGAUCGACGAUCCGCCCCGGUCCAACCGCGUCUCCGAAUUCCGUGUCGUGUGCGCAUUUCCUCAAGUCGAUAGACUACAUCAUGUCUGCGGCUUGGAAACGUUCUCAACCGACGAGUGGCGGUGGGCUACGUCGAAGUGGACUCCGCGCCUGGGACGGCUGUUGCCCGGGUCUGGCGUGGUGGUCGGCGGGCGAGCGUGCUGGCGGACGACCAUGAACACAGUGCUCAUGUACGACCCCAGGAAUGAGGAGCGGUGGGGGUUCGAGAGGCCGGAAAGAGACCUCGACGGCGUCACGUGGUGGGAGAUCGGCGUGAUAGAGGGGCAGCUCAGCGUAGCGUACGCGAAGGUGGCAUCGACGCCCGAGUCAUCGACGAUGGUGGAGGUGAUGGUGGCCGACAGCGACUCGUGGUCCUUACGGGGGGCGUUCGGCUUCGGGCCAGGGUCGAGAGAGAACAACCUGAAGCCCCUGAGGAUGGAAGGGGACGAGGAGUUGCUGCUGUGGGAUGGUCAGAGGCACAUCCUGGGCCGCGACAUGGCCGGCCGGGCGACAAGGCUCCUCGUGGUCGACGCGCCGGCCACCUUCAGCGUCGAGUUCGUGCCUUACACAGCCACUCUACUGCAUGUGAAGAGGUAACGAGCUCUUGAUCUAUGUGACCUCACGUCUUUGAUCCACAAGUGUUCGACGUAAAGUUUUGCGUGCUUUCGUGGGUUCUCCAUGAUGCGGGCUUUGAGUUCUAGUCUUGCUAUUUGGUGUUGCCGAUGCAAAAUCUUAAUGAUAUGUGUGAGGAGUUACACUUUGUUUUCGUCAAAUCAUCAUACACUUUCAGCCAUUCUAUUCUCUUCCAUCCAAUAUUUCUAUUCUUUCAAUCAUCCAAAGCAUUUAUCUUCAUCACUCGUAUAUCUCCAUACAUAUGUUUGGAAAUCCAUUGUAGGGGGAUCAGAAGCCAACCCGCCGGCGCUUCUACUUCCAGCCGCGUGCAGCGCUGAAUGGAUACUCAAACGAAAAGGUGUUUUCCGUUCUGCAAUACUUCGGUCUUCUUCUUCUCUUUAUUCUUCAGCAAGCUGACUGUUUUCAUCCAACAAUUAAAAGGCAUUGGCUGUGGCUUGAAGAACUUGUUGUCGCUGGAAAAAAAUGUUUUCUGUUUGACAUUGAUUCGGAAUUGUUGCAUCUGUUUGAUAAUA